UCACCUGCGCGCGGGCGCUUCCGCAGGAAGAAGGAAGCAGCGCCGCCGUCGCCUCCCGGCGCUCGCUCCCCGCCUCCCGGGUCCGCCGGCCGCUACCAUGUCCGCCUCGGCUGUCUUCAUCCUCGACGUCAAGGGCAAGCCCCUGAUCAGCCGCAACUACAAGGGCGACGUGGCCAUGAGUGAGAUUGAGCACUUCAUGCCUCUGCUCAUGCAGCGGGAAGAGGAGGGCGCCCUGGCCCCCCUACUGAGCCAUGGCCGGGUACAUUUUCUGUGGAUCAAACAUAGCAACCUCUAUUUGGUGGCUACCACGCUGAAGAAUGCCAACGCCUCCCUCGUGUACUCCUUCCUCUACAAGACAGUGGAGGUUUUCUCUGAGUACUUCAAGGAGCUGGAGGAGGAGAGCAUCCGAGACAACUUCGUCAUCGUCUAUGAGCUGCUGGAUGAGCUCAUGGACUUCGGCUUCCCACAGACCACGGACAGCAAGAUCCUCCAAGAGUACAUCACGCAGCAGGGCAACAAGCUGGUGACUGGCAAAUCCCGGGUGCCACCCACUGUCACCAAUGCCGUGUCCUGGCGCUCCGAGGGCCUCAAGUACAAGAAGAAUGAGGUCUUCAUCGAUGUCAUAGAGUCUGUCAACCUGCUGGUGAGCCCGCACUCCUUCCGUGGCCUGGGGGGCAGGAGAGGAGGCCCGAUGAUGCUCCUUGACACCCCCCCCCCCCCCCCCCCCCCCCCCCCGCCAUAUGUGCAUUUUCAGGUCAAUGCCAAUGGCAGCGUCCUUCUGAGCGAGAUCGUGGGCACCAUCAAGCUCAAGGUGUUUCUGUCGGGAAUGCCAGAGCUGCGGCUUGGCCUCAACGACCGCGUCCUGUUUGAGCUCACUGGCCGGAGCAAGAACAAGUCCGUGGAGCUGGAGGACGUGAAAUUCCACCAGUGCGUGCGGCUCUCUCGCUUUGACAAUGACCGCACUAUCUCCUUCAUCCCGCCCGACGGCGACUUCGAGCUCAUGUCCUACCGUCUGAGCACCCAGGUCAAGCCAUUGAUCUGGAUUGAGUCCGUCAUUGAGAAAUUCUCCCACAGCCGCGUGGAGAUCAUGGUCAAGGCCAAGGGGCAGUUUAAGAAGCAGUCAGUGGCCAACGGUGUGGAGAUAUCUGUGCCCGUCCCCAGUGAUGCCGACUCCCCUCGCUUCAAGACCAGUGUAGGGAGUGCCAAGUACGUGCCGGAAAAGAAUGUCGUUAUUUGGAGUAUUAAGUCUUUCCCGGGGGGCAAGGAGUACCUGAUGCGUGCCCACUUUGGCCUCCCCAGCGUGGAGAAGGAGGAGGUAGAGGGCCGGCCCCCGAUUGGGGUCAAGUUUGAGAUCCCAUAUUUCACCGUCUCUGGGAUCCAGGUCAGAUACAUGAAGAUCAUUGAGAAAAGCGGUUACCAGGCCCUGCCAUGGGUUCGCUAUAUCACCCAAAGUGGCGAUUAUCAACUUCGUACCAGCUAGGAGAGAGAAGAGGUGGGGACUUGGACGUGGGGCCUUCCCUCUCCCUGGGCUGGGCAGUCGACUUGAGAGGGAGGAAGAUGGGGGAUGUGUGUGAGGGAAGGCCCCCGACUUAGCAGUUUCUGCUCCUGGCUUCCUCCCUGCCUUUCCCUCAAUCCACAGGCUGGGAGGAACAGGCCUGCCUCCCCUACCUCCCUCUGCCUCGGGGCUCCUCCCUCCUCCAGUUUUAUAUGAAGAAACAGAGGAGGGCCUCAAAGCCCCCCUCAUGAGUGCCUUCUUGCAGUGACCUGCCUUAGGGGUAUUGGGGCCUCUCCUUCACAGCUCCUGAGCCCAGAGGCCAUGCUGGCCCACCCGGAGUUUUAGGAUGGUAUUAAAAAGAAUGAAUCUA